UUCCUCCUUCUAGGGUUUUAGAAUUUUGAGGUUCCUCUUUGAAUCUAAACUAAAACCCUAAAAUCCUCUGUGUAUCUAAGCAUUGCAGAUUAAGGCACAGAGAAGCACAAAGUACAAUCAGAGGUAUCAAUUCCACAAUUUGCUCUUUGGGUUUUCUGUAUUACUUCAAUUCUACUCUGUUGAGUUAUAAAAAUCACCAGAAAGAAACUAUCUUUUGCUGAAGAAUUGUUCAUUAAUGUGAUAUUUCUAAUGUAAUUGUGUAGAAUAUGAAUUACCCUUGAAAGUUUCUUGGAAGAUAUUGUAUUUUGAAUUUGGUUCAGAAUCUUUUGUUGCUAACUUGAGAUGCUAGUAAUUCGGAAAGUCCGAAAAAGUGUAUCUUGUAAAAUGAUUUCUCACCUCAAUCAUCUGUUUAGUACUCCAAUUUCUGAAAAGGGUUCCACUUCUCAUAGUCCCCAGAAAUUUUCGUCAUUGAAUAUUCGAUGUUUUCGUAGUUCACCUAAUGCUAAGGUUGAAGUCCCUGAAUUAUCAACUCAGACACCCAUUUCCCCUGCUGUCAAUAAAAUAUCACGGGUUGCAAGAACUGAUGGACAAGCAGUACUCUUUGAAUACUUGCAUUGUACAAGAGGUUUUAAUUAUGUAGAUGCUGAGCACAUUAGCAAGAACUCACCUUGUUUUCUUCAAAGUCUGUUGUCCAAGGUUGAUAAUGAUCAAGAUGUAACAAGGGCAUUGACCCGUUACUUCAGGUACCAUCCGAUUAAUGAGUUUGAGCCCUUUUUAGAGAGCUUGGGGUUGAAGCAAUCCGAGCUUACAUCUAUGCUUCCACGAGAUUUGAUAUUUUUGAGUGAUGAUCAUGUCUUGUUUGAUAAUUAUCAUGUUCUUUGUUAUUACGGCAUCCCUCGCACUAAAAUUGGGAAGAUUUAUAAGGAAGCGACUGAUGUAUUUGGAUAUGACCAUGGAGUAUUAGAUAUGAAAUUGAGGGCUUAUGAGAAACUGGGUUUGAGCAGAUCAACAGUUAUAAAGUUGGUGACUUGUUCCCCUACUCUUUUGGUUGGUGAGACGAACAAUGAACUUAUUCAGGUUCUUGAAAAACUGAAAAUUUUAGGGUUUGAAAAUGAUUGGAUGGGAGGAUAUUUAUCCAACAGGCACUCCUACAAUUGGGGUAGAAUGCUUAACACAUUGCAUUUUCUCAAUGAAGUAGGAUAUAGUGAUGAAAAGAUGGCGACUUUGUUUACGAUGAACCCUGCAUUCUUAUUUGAAGGCUCUGGGAAACAGAUUUAUGUAUUGGUAGGGCAAUUACUGAAGUUGGGUGUUAAAAUGAAUGACAUAUACUUACUUUUCUGUCAAAAUCCUAAUAUUCUAUCUCUGAAGUGUACUAAAAAUCUUUGGCAUGCAUUGUACUUCUUAUCGGAGAUAGGAUUAGAGACCGAAAUAAUUGCAAAUAUUGUAUCUACACAUAUACAACUUCUGGGUUCACAUUCUCUGAAGGGACCAAAGACUCUUUUGAGGGACUUCAAGGGUGACAAGUUUUGUUUAUGUCAGACUAUAAAGGAUGAUCCUUUGAAUUUGUUCAGAUUAGCUUCAAAAUCAAAAUUUGACGUGGAGCAAAUGACUUCCCAGGACCCGGGAAAAUUAUUUCAGAAAACUACUUUUUUAUUGAGAUUAGGUUAUGUAGAAAAUUCAGAUGAGAUGGCAAAAGCUUUGAAGCAGUUCCGCGGACGAGGAGACCAGUUGCAAGAGAGGUUUGAUUGCCUAGUAAACGCUGGUUUGGACUGCAAUGUUGUAAUUAAUAUGAUUAAACAGGCUCCCACGACACUGAACCAGAGCAAAAAUGUGCUUGAGAAGAAAAUUGUUCUACUGAAAACAUAUUUAGGUUAUCCGGUGGAAUCGAUUGUAUCAUUUCCAUCUUACCUCUGCUACGAUGUGGACAGAGUCCAUCUUCGGUUUUCAAUGUAUGCAUGGCUGAAGCAAAAGGGUGCUGCAAAACCAACAUUAUCAGUGAGCACUCUUCUUGCUUGUUCAGAUGCUCGCUUUGUAAAAUAUUUUGUUGACAUACAUCCAGAAGGUCCAGCAAUGUGGGAAAGUUUAAAAAGUUCACUUCAAUCCAGCUGAUUGACUUCAGUAUCAUUUUUGAUUAAUAAAGUUGCCAUAUUUCCCUUA